AUGACCAGGGGAAGUAAGUCCCGGGCCCUCCAAUUUUCGUUAACCUUCUUCACGACACACAAACGGAAGAGUCGGACAAACGGAAGUCGGACAAACGGAAGAGUCGGACAACACGUGGAUAUGUCUCGGCGAUUACACGUUUUACCGUCAACAAAACAUUCCACAGUACCGUCAACAAAACAUUCCACAGUACCGUCAACAAAACAUUCCACAGUACCGUCAACAACACAUUCCACAGUACCGUCAACAAAGCAUCCUACAGUACCGACAACAACACAUUCCACAGUACCGUCAACAAAGCAUCCCACAGUACCGUCAACAAAACUGUCCACAGUACCGCCAACAACACAUUCAACAAUACCGUCAACAAAACAGUCCACAGUACCGUCAACGACACAUUCCACAGUACCGUCAACAACACAUUCCACAGUACCGUCAACGAAACAUUCCACAGUACCGUCCACAAAACAUUCCACAGUACCGUCAACAAAACAUUCCACAGUACCGUCAACAAAACUGUCCACAGUACCGUCAACAAAACAUCCCACAGUACCGUCAACAAAACAUUCCAUAGUACCGUCAACAAAACAUUCCACAGUACCGUCAACAAAACAUUCCACAGUACCGUCAACAAAACAUUCCACAGUACCGUCAACAAAACAUUCCACAGUACCGUCAACAAAACAUUCCACAGUACCGUCAACAAAACAUUCCAUAGUACAAUGUACCGUCAACAACACAUUCCACAGUACCGUCAACAACACAUUCCACAGUACCGUCAACAAAACAUUCCACAGUACCGUCAACAAAACAUUCCACAGUACCGUCAACAAAACAUUCCACAGUACCGUCAACAAAACAUUCCACAGUACCAUCAACAAAACAUUCCACAGUACCGUCAACAAAACAUUCCACAGUACCGUCAAAAAAACAUUCCAUAGUACCGUCAACAAAACAUUCCACAGUACCGUCAACAAAACAUUCCAUAGUACCGUCAACAAAACAUUCUACAGUACCGUCAACAACACAUUCCACAGUACCGUCAACAAAACAUUCCACAGUACCGUCAGCAACACAUUCCACAAUACCGUCAACAACACAUUCCAUAGUACCGUCAACAACACAUUCCACAGUACCGUCAACAAAACAUUCCACAGUACCGUCAACAAAACAUUCCACAGUACCGUCAACAAAACAUUCCACAGUACCGUCAACAACACAUUCCACAGUACCGUCAACAAAACAUUCCACAGUACCGUCAACAACACAUUCCAUAGUACCGUCAACAAAACAUUCCACAGUACCGUCAACAAAUCAUUCCACAAUACCGUCAACAAAACAUUCCACAGUACCGUCAACAAAACAUUCCACAGUACCGUCAACAACACAUUCCACAGUACCGUCAACAAAACAUUCCACAGUAUCGUCAACAACACAUUCCACAGUACCGUCAACAAAACAUUCCACAGUACCGUCAACAGAACAUUCCACAGUAUCGCCAACAAAACAUUCCAUAAUACCGUCCACAAAACAUUCCACAGUACCGUCAACAACACAUUCCACAGUACCGUCAACAACACAUUCCACAGUACCGUCAACAAAACAUUCCACAGUACCGUCAACAACACAUUCCACAGUACCGUCAACAACACAUUCCACAGUACCGUCAACAACACAUUCCACAGUACCGUCAACAACACAUUCCACAGUACCGUCAACAACACAUUCCACGGUACCGUCAACAAAACAUUCCACAGUACCGUCAACAAAACAUUCCACAAUACCGUCAACAAAACCGUCAAUAGUACCGUCAACAACACAUUCCACAGUACCGUCAACAAAACAUUCCACAAUACCGUCAACAAAACAUUCCACAAUACCGUCAACAAAACAUUCCACAGUACCGUCAACAACACAUUCUACAGUACCGUCAACAAAACAUUCCACAGUACCGUCAACAAAACAUUCCAUAGUACCGUCAACAAAACAGUGCAGCAUUAG